ACUAAGCAACGCCGCGUCAACCAGCAGACCUGAAGCAGCGCCUUGUGCCAAACCUCCGCUGGCUUUAACCACUAAUAUGUCUCGCUAACGUGUUUAUAUGCUUUUAUUCUGACAUGAGAUUUCAUUAUUUGCAUGAAAUCUGGCGUGAACAGCAGCUAUAACUGCUCCGAACCAGUAGAAUAAACAAGAGUCAGUGCCAUCUGAAAUAUAAAAAAAAAGGCCAAUGGGGCUCUUCGACAAGCUGGCAGGAUGGCUGGGCCUGAAGAAGAAGGAGGUGAACGUGAUUUGUUUGGGUCUGGACAACAGCGGAAAGACCACCAUCAUCAAUCAGCUGAAGCCAUCCAAUGCUCAAGCACAAGACAUCGUUCCCACUAUAGGAUUUAGCAUAGAGAAAUUCAAGACAUCAAGUCUGUCGUUCACCGUGUUCGAUAUGUCAGGCCAGGGCAGGUAUAGAAACCUAUGGGAGCACUAUUACAAGGAAGGACAGGCCAUCAUAUUUGUCAUUGACAGCAGUGAUAAGCUGAGAAUGGUGGUCGCUAAAGAAGAGCUGGACACUCUGCUUAACCAUCCUGAUAUCAAACACAGGAGGAUCCCCAUCCUGUUCUUUGCUAAUAAAAUGGAUCUAAGAGAUGCUCUGUCCUCAGUGAAGGUCUCUCAGCUCCUCUGCCUGGAGAACAUCAAAGAUAAACCAUGGCACAUCUGUGCAAGUAACGCUGUCCAGGGGGAGGGUCUACAGGAGGGAGUCGACUGGCUACAAGAUCAAAUCCGAACCAUGAGAACAUGAAACACUCGUAGAAUCCGGAGAACAUCCACCACAUCGCCGAAUCCACACCACAAACCCAACCUCCUUCACAGGGCACGCUGGGCCGUCUGUUCAGGAAGCUCAGGGUUUUUGGGAGUGUGAGAUGCUUUCAUUCUGUUGCACCCCUGUUUUUUGCACCUUAUUAGAUUAUUUGUCUUGAAAAUAUUUGGCAAAUCAGGUCAUUCAGUUCACUGGUUGUUUAAAAUGUAAUAAAAGUGCACAUAAAUACAUUAUCGCCUCAGCUAUAAGCUGGCAAAAGUCUUACAUUUUAUCAGGUUUAUUUAUUACGUCGCAUCAGAUUAACAUCAUUGUUCAGAGCAGGGGGGAAAUGUGCACGUUACUCUACGAUGUCUUGGAGACAUUUCAAUCUGCUUAUUUAUGUCAUGAUUAUUGUUUUUUAUCGGUCCAACCACAAAAGAUUAUUUUUUGAUGUGAUGCAUAUAAACUCCGCUAUCCUUCAUGCUUUAAAAAAUAGUUUUCUACUCAUUUUCUGUCUCAGAUCUGUAUCCUAUACUGUAAUUUAAAGAGUAAAUGGACUGUAAGUAAAGAGGAGUCGUCUCUGUAUGAAAGAACAGUCGGCUAAAUUCAUGUAGAAUUUAAUAUUUCCACCAUUUGAUUUUUGUCGAUUUAUAAAUAAGUCACUUUACACAAUGACAACAACAGAUCUACAUUAACAUGUCCAGUCGCUGUACUACGAACUCGCAAGUAGGCGGUACUUCUACUUGUUGCCAUAGUAACACCGUUUAUCAGUGUACGGUGGAGCAAGUUACAGGUAGAAACUGUAGAUUUUCUGUUUUCUGGUACAGUGCGUGUUUAUCAUCUUUUAUAUCACAGCGCAGUUGGAUUCUCAAAGCCGAUUGGUCAGAAGGUGUACUUUAUUUUUGUAUAACCACAGCUCAGACAGUAGUUCUACAUGUAACAUAAAUAAAUUAUCUAAUAUUAAAGUGAA